AUUGUAAUUGGAAAUUUUGCAAUCCAGUAAUAAAAUAGUAAAGAUUAUAUAUACAUUAUACAUUUAAGACAAUAUCUAGUACUAGUACAUUUGAAUAACAGUCAUGGAUGAAGAAUUAGGAGAAGUAAUGCAAGAGAAUUAUGAUUUACCUCCAGUGAAAUACGAAUAUUUGGACCACACUGCUGAUGUACAAUUACAUGCCUGGGGCGACAGUCUGAAAGAAGCUUUUGAGCAGUGUGGAAUGGCAAUGUUCGGCUACAUGACGGAGCUGAACUAUGUGACCAUCAGAGAGGUGCACACCAUCGAGGCCAAUGCUGAUGACAUGAUGGGUCUUUUGUAUCAUUUUCUUGACGAGCUGUUGUUUUUGUUUUCAGUUGAACCAUAUUUAAUCUGUAAGAAACUGGUUAUCACAGAGUUUAAUGUGGAAGAGUUUCGGAUUGUUUGCAAGUGUUAUGGUGAAGAGUUUCAGAUUGGCAAACAUCCCCAGGGGACAGAAGUAAAAGCUAUAACUUAUUCGGCUAUGCAAAUUAUUGAUGAACCAAAAGAUAAUAAAUAUGAAGUAUUUGUUAUAAUAGAUAUAUAACUAAAUAAAUAUUGACUGCUU